AGUAACAUCAAGAAAAUUCAAGCUUCCAUCUUGGUGUGUUUUCGACGCAACUUAGUCGAGCAUCAAUUGAAUCAGAAACAAACACAAGUAAGUGAGCUUCAACAAAAAGUAGACACCCUUAACAAGAAACUUAGUGAAAGCGACAUCGACUCUAGCAUCAAAAACAGACUUUUCUUGUACUUAGAUGAGAAAGCUGAGAAUUCCCAACACCAAGACAACGUAAGAGUGACCAAGAAACUUACGAGACUUUACGGUGGCAGUUUUAAGUUGCCAGAAGUAGAAAAACAACAAGGCUACAUCAAUCUCUCAUCAGUAGAACUAACCGAAGCACAGCAUAAGUUACUUAAUCUCGGACUCAACUGCCAUUUUCAAACCAAAAGAAACAUUGUCCACAAGCAAACUGAGUUAGAACUACUUUACCAAAGUAUAUUGAAACUAGAAGCUGGCGAUCAUAUUUGUGUUCAUCCUGACUUGAAAGGCCAACUAGCUGGUGAAGGUAGCAAGCUAAGAGGAAGUGACUACAGCAAACUUUUGACGCAAGAUCUUCGAGAGGCGGCAAAACAAUUGAAAGAAGACCCCCGUAUCAUUGUCAGACGAGCCGAUAAGGCAUCUCUUUUUGUUAUCCUAGACAAAGAAAGCUAUAUUAACAAAUUGAACAACAUACUAUCUGAUCAAUCCAAGUUCAAACAAAUCAAGGAGGACCCAACCAAGAAACUAAAAGCAAAGGUCAACAGAAUCAUUAAAAGUGCCAACGCUCUUAUCAACGGAGUACAUUUUGAGUCAAUAUCUGGUGAGUACACCCCAGGGUACGCCUACGGAACAGUUAAAACACAUAAACCAGACAACCCAUUAAGGCCUAUUAUUUCUCAAGUCUGCACAUCUACUUAUAGGCUAGCAAAAAGACUUAACCAAUUAUUAAAACCCUAUCUUCCUUCCAAAUACAGUGUUCAAUCCACCGACGAGUUUCUAGAUAUACUACGCGUUAAAAAGCCACAAGGUGAAAUAGCGUCUAUUGAUGUAGACAACCUUUUUACUAACGUACCUGUAGAUACAACAAUCCAGUUAAUUAUAGACGAGGUUUACACCAAGAGAAGUAACGGCCUAGACAAACUUGCACUUGCCCCUGAAAUUCUUAGAAGCCUUCUAGAAGCGUGUACUAAGGACUCCCCAUUUCGUGGCCCCGAUGGAAAGCUCUACACCCAAAAAGAUGGCGUGGCGAUGGGUUCACCUCUCGGUCCUCUAUUCGCCAACUUUUACAUGGCUUUUGUCGAGGAGAGUACUUUCAGUGACCCGGACAUCAAACCAACGACAUACUGUCGAUACGUAGAUGAUGUUUUCUUAGAGGUGAGGGACCCACAGCAUUUAGCUGAUAUCAUUCGAGCACUUGAAAACAACUCUGUUUUGAAAUUUACUUUUGAAACACACCAAGAUGGAAGCUUGAAUUUUCUUGAUGUUACUAUUCAGACCACCCCAGACAGAUACCUCACUGGCGUCUACGCCAAACCCACCAACAAAGGAAAAACACUCAAUGCCAAAAGCGAAUGCCCCUCUCAGUACAAGAAAAGCGUGCUCCGAGCAUUCAUAACACGGGCAGUAAAAACCAGUUCCACUUAUGACUUGAUGAACACAGAAUUUGACAGGGUCAAACAACUUCUGGUGAACAAUGGAUUUACAAACACCGAGGUAGACGAAGAAAUCCACAAACAACUUGAAAAACGACACAAGCCACCACAACCUGCGCAACAACAACAACCUACCAAGGUCCAUCACCUGUAUUACAGGAACUACAUGAACACACAACACAAAACUGAUGAGAAGAUCCUCAGAGACAUGUUGAAGAAGAACAUCACCUGCACAGACGACAAUAGUCAGGUUCAACUUUACAUCUUUUACCGAAACAAGAAAACAUCCCAACUAGUGAUGAAAAACAGUCCCGCUUCGACAAAGACAUCGAACCGCACCAACGUAAUUUACAAAUUUACGUGUCCACACAAGGAUUGUAGGCCUUGUAACAACCAUUACAUUGGUGCGACUACGACAACUUUGUCGAGACGUUUGACUAUGCACAUCCAGGAUGACACAGGACCAGUCGAACAUUGGGUAGUCACACACAAACAAAAACCCACUCACAAACUACUCAAAGACAGCACCGACAUCAUCGACGCCAACAGCGACCACUAUCGCUUAUUCAUCCAAGAGGCCAUAUACAUCAGCAGACAUAAGCCACCACUUAACAUACAGAGAUACACCAACAUCUCACUGGCGCUCUGGGGUGUAUGAUCCUGAUGGGAAAAGUGAUGGGGAACGGUCCUUAUCGGCCCUGUUCAUGUGCUCCAACCGAAUAGCUGGAGACUGUGCGUUAUGAAAAAUGCUUGUCUGUGUUAUGUGUAUGACGUAUGUGUCAUUAGGUAUGCAUUAAGACUCAAGGGAGUUGGAAAUGAUGAAAAAGUGGAAAGUUAAAGUGAUUCAGUGACCCAGUAUAGUGAAGUGUAAGUGUAUAUGUAUCUUCGUCACCUGCAAUAUUUGUAACAUGGCUAUUUUCAAUAUUUUGCAAAUCAAAAUAGCUACACUGACGACCAUGUUUAGCGGUACUUUUUAGUACAUUCCUUGAAAAUGAUUGUCUCAAAUACAAUCGAAACGCGUCGGAAAACAUGACUUAAAUGAGUAUAACCGAUAUAAUCAAUACAGUUCCUGAUUCAAUCAAGAAAACUUUCAACAAGAUACAAAAACUUAACAGAAAACUAUCUAAAGCCAAAACUGCGGUGCUGUUUAACGACAUAUGCCUCAAAGAAAAUAUCCUGCCCA